AUGGCUUCCAAGGUGCUUCAGACCAACUUCGAUGUUGACUAUGUCAUUAGCUAUCGGGUGCCCGAUGACGACAAGGAAGCUGGCGUAACUCAAUUCAGGAAACUCGUUCGAGCUCUCACCGAGACCGGAUUGACCACCGAAGUGCGACGCGGCGACGAAACAUCCUUGCUGGUCUUUGUCAAGGCCGCCGACGAGAAGAUCUUUGCAGACGUGGUUUAUCGGUCGAGGAUAAAAGAUUGGUUACAUGGGGUCCGACAACUUCAACCCAGCAAUGACCCAGCACAGACUCUGACUUCAGAGCCUCUCACCGUGGCCGAACGACAUCGACACAUUCACCACAUGAUAUGCUGUCCCCGUGAAGAAGGAGGAGCUGGCAUCACACCAAAGCACGGCGAAUGGAAAAAUGUUGAAGCUGUGUUCCCCUUGCACGACCACGUCAAAAACAAAGCGUGGCUGACCGAGUUCACCCGCAAGACAUUUCUGACGCCCGAUGAUCUCGACGACAUCAGGAACACGGUCGGCGAGAAGAUCGGCUACUACUAUGCAUUCCUGCAAACCUACUUUUCCUUCAUGAUCUUCCCUGCUGCCUUCGGCUUCUCAUGUUGGGCACUCCUUGGCAGCUACUCCCCCAUCUAUGCUAUUGUCAACGGUCUGUGGUGUGUUAUAUUCGUCGAAUACUGGAAACGUCAAGAACAAGAACUGGCUAUUCGAUGGAACGUCAAGAGAGUAUCCUUGAUCGAAGACAAGCGGAGAGAAUUUGAACCGGAAAAAGUCACCACGGACCCGGUUACGGGUGAAAAGGUUGCUUACUUCCCAGCAUUGAAGCGGCUCCAGAGACAACUCCUCCAGAUCCCACUAGCAGGUUUGUGCGUGAUAGCCCUUGGUGCUGUUAUUUGCACCUGCUACGCCAUUGAGAUCUUCAUCUCAGAAGUCUAUGACGGCCCUUUGAAGUCCAUCCUCGUCUUCCUUCCCACAAUUCUCCUCACCCUUGCCGUCCCCACCAUCAGCAACUUCCUGACCGGGUUUGCUGAAAAGCUCACCUUCUACGAAAAUUACGAGACCCAAGACGCUCAUGACAAGGCCAUGAUUUCUAAGGUCUUCGUCAUCAACUUUAUCACGUCGUAUACGGCCAUCUUCUUAACUUCUUUCGUAUAUGUUCCUUUUGCCUCGAUCCUGGUGCCUUACUUGGAUAUCUUCGGCCUGACAGUCAAAGCAUUCGCCGAGGACGAAAAGCAGCUCCAGACGCCCUCUCCAGCGGCCUUCAGCAUCAACCCCAACCGUUUACGCAACCAGAUGAUUUAUUUCGCAGUAACAGCCCAAGUCGUCAACUUCGCCAUGGAGACAGUCAUGCCAGUCCUCACUCAGAGAGGAACUAAGAAGUUCAAAGAAAUCCAAUCUCAACGUGCAGAAAAGCAUGGCGGAACGACACCUUCGGUCGCGGACCACGAUCCGCCCGAAGAGAAGGAAUUCCUCACCCGAGUCCGCGAAGAGGCUGCUUUGCCUGAGUACGAUGUGACCUCAGACCUGCGGGAGAUGUGUAUGCAGUUCGGCUACCUUUCGCUCUUCAGUGUAAUAUGGCCACUGACGCCAGUCUCAUAUUUCAUCAAUAAUUGGAUUGAGUUGAGGGGAGACACCUUCAAAUUGACCGUCGAAUGCCGACGACCCAACCCUGCCCGAGCAGAUACCAUUGGACCCUGGCUCGAUAGUCUCGAAUUCCUCGCCUGGCUGGGCAGCCUCACCUCCGCGGCGCUGGUCUACAUGUUCUCGGGUAAUGACGGACAGGGACCAGAUGGCCGACCUCACGCAAUCAAACUGUGGGCACUCCUACUUAGCGUGUUUGUCUCUGAGCACACAUUCCUGGUGGUGCGACUGUUGGUCAGGACAGCGAUCAGCAAAUUGGAUUCUGCAGCCAUGCGCAAGGAGCGUAGCGAGCGCUUCAUGGUGCGUCGCAAGUACCUCGAGGAAGCUGGACUGGGACAUGCAGUCAAACCCCUCGCCUCGCCUCCCAACAGUCCACUAAUGACGGAAUCUGGAGAGCACGCAUUUGCCAGCAUCACGAGAGAGAGCCUGGAAGAAGACGCAAGGAAUCAGAGUGUGUCUACGACCAAUUCGGCGGGAAGUGCAACCGAGCGAUUUUGGAUGCGGCAGCGGAAUUGGGCCGAGUGUGAGAGGGUUGGUCUGGCCAUGAUCGACUUGAUGGAUUUAGGGACGAGCAAGGGCAAGAAAGUACAAUGA